GUGUUUGUGCAGCGGAAGCGGAAGCGGUGCGCUGACCGUGUUUCUCCAGUGUGAUGAUGGCCGAUUUUGAUCACGAUCAGGUUGAUUUUCUGCGCGAGCGGCACGUGCGAUUUUUUCAGCGCUGCCUGCACGUGCUGCCCGAGAGAUACGCGCCCUACGAGACCAGCAGGUUGACUAUUGUGUUCUUCUCUCUGUCGGGUCUGGAUGUUCUUGAUGCGCUGGAUGUCGUGGACAAGCCCAGUUUGAUUGAGUGGAUUUAUUCGCUGCAGGUUCUUCCCACUGAAGACAAGUCCAAUCUCAGGCGCUGUGGCUUCCGCGGAUCCUCGCACAUCGGCGUUCCCUACAACACCUCAAAGGGUCCCGGUUCUCCUCAUCCGUACGACAGCGGUCACGUGGCGAUGACCUACACGGGUCUGGCGUGUCUGAUUAUUCUGGGUGACGAUCUGAGUCGAGUCAAUAAAGACGCUUGUCUGGCGGGAUUGAGAGCGCUGCAGCUGGAGGACGGCAGUUUUUAUGCUGUUCCAGAGGGAAGUGAGAACGACAUGAGGUUUGUGUACUGCGCUGCCUGCAUCUGCUACAUGCUGGAUGACUGGUCAGGAAUGGACUGCCAGAAAGCCAUCGAUUACAUCAGGAGAAGCACAUCGUAUGACAGCGGGAUCGGUCAGGGAGCUGGACUAGAGUCUCACGGCGGGUCCACGUUCUGUGCCAUUGCGUCUCUGUGCAUGAUGGGAAAGUUGCAGGAGGUUUUCAGCGAGCGAGAGCUGAACCGAAUCCGGCGCUGGUGCAUCCUCAGACAGCAGAACGGCUUCCACGGCCGUCCCAACAAACCUGUGGACACCUGCUACUCAUUUUGGGUUGGAGCAGCGCUGGAGCUCUUAGACGUGUUCCAGUAUACCAACUUCGAGAAGAACCGGAACUACAUUCUGUCCACGCAGGACCGUUUGGUGGGCGGUUUCGCUAAAUGGCCCGACAGUCAUCCAGACCCUCUUCACACGUACUUUGGCAUCUGCGGCUUGUCUCUGAUCGGAGAAGCGGACCUGCGGAAGGUGCAUCCGGCACUGAACAUCAGCAUGCGGGCGUUCGAGUGUCUGCGGCAGCUGCACGGCUCAUGGAGGCAGAAGUGCACGUGACGACGGAUGGACAGAUGGACCGCCAGCGCCUCUGAUUCCUCAGCAAUAGAGCCAACGUGAGCGCUCAAAUACGCGCUGAUGAAUAAAUGAUCGCAUCCAGCGUAAUCAAUUAUUAAAGGUAAAACUGUCGCUCUUUAGUCGUAGGCCACAAGUUUGUUUUGUCCCCGGCACGUCUGCCACAUUCAUCCUUCCUCUUCAGUGUUUUUUUUUUUAUUAUUAGUUUAUGCCUUACAGACGGAGGAGGCGCUUGCGGUGACGCUCGUGAUGAGCUGUUCCUGGACUAAUAUGCACCGUUUAUCCUUGUUUUACGCUUUAUAUAUAUUUUCAUUUCUUAUUCUUUUUGUGAAAUCAUCGUCCUCUCUUGAAUGUGCCUCAGAUGUCUUUAGGAUGUGACGCUGUAUGCUAUAUACACACGUGGCAUCUCCACUUAAGACACUUGAAUGUGUGUUUCAAGGAUCAAAUAAUGAAAUUAUUUUUUCAAUACUGUUAUGUCAAGUGUAGAAGUGACAGUCACACUGCUCGUAUUUUAUUAUGAUGUAAAGUUCAAGUGCUGAAACGAUGGACUGCGAGUGUCAAUAAAUGAAGAGUUUUAUCAUGUCCGAGAGAUAAAUGUUUAUGACGCUGCUGGUGAGACACACGUAUUUAAUAACAGUCAAAUAAAAGAAUGAGGUUUUCA